AUGGGUUUCCUGCGCGCACUCGCUGCGGCGGCGUGGAUUUCUGGCCAACUUCACGUCGUGGAAGCCAGGAUUGUUGGUGUUUUGAACCAGCGGAAUGAGGAGAGAGAUGUCGGGAUGAUUGAGGGGUAUUUUGUAACUGUUCGAUUUACGAGCAGCACUAUGAGCCUCCAACCAUCUGAGAUCCUACCCCCUACCAUCAAAGCCACGAAUACGGAGCUACUCACUGCGCCGACUACAGGGCUCCUGUCCACACCGCUUCCGGAAAGCAUCGUCGCCGCCACGAGCAGCUCCUCGAGUCACACGAGCUAUAGGCCGACGCAAACGUCAACACCGGACAAUGAUAUCGGUCCCAUGAGCACUAGCACUGCGGCGGGGAUAGGUGUCGGCUCGACGGUUGGUGGCAUCUUUGUCAUGAUCAUUGUGGGAUUUCUCUUGUAUCGACACAAGAAACGGACGCCGAAAGACAGGGAUGGGCAAGAGGGAUCAAAGAGGUCUUCUCGUCAGGGGAUUGAGAUGAGGUCUGAGUCUGGGCCUUCGCCGGUCUAG